AUGUGGGCGCCGAUGCUGUCGUCUAGUGCCGCCGCCCAGGGCCGCGCCUUCGUCGGCGUCCUCAGAGCCGUCCACGGAACCGCGGCGCAACUCAUCGCCCCCGGCAAACAGCUGGCCGCCGACCGGAGGGAGCUGCUCGCCUUCUUCCCCACCCUCGUCGAGGACGUCAAGGCCGACUCGUUGCCCGUCGGCAUCCCGUCCGAGACGGAGUGGAUCGGCAAACUGCAGGGCUACAUCGUCAUCGCCGACGACCUGGUCGACGGAGCCGAGCUCCGGAGGGGGCUGCCCGCAUGGCACACGCUGCCGGGCGUUGGCCUGCACGCCAUCAACGACGCCUUCAUCAUACACAUGGCGAUGAACAAGGUUCUGCACCGCUACUUCCGCACAGAGCCGAGCUACGUUCGCCUGUUCGAACUCCUCAACGAGACUAUCUUCUACGCUGUCAUAUCCCAAAACUACGAGUGCCACAACGGCUUCACCGGCGAGGGAAGGUUCGACGCCUUCGACCACGCCAUGCACGCGGCGCAGGCUCGCUUCAAGAUCUCGCACUACAGCUUCUACAGCCCGCUGGCCGCAGCAAUGCACCUCGCCGGCCUCUCGGACAGCGGGCGCCACGAGGCGCUCUGGCGGAUGGCCCAGGACAUCGGGAUGCUUUUCACCGUGCAGGACGACUACAGCGAUUGCUACGAGCCCGAGUCGCUGUCGGGGAAGUCCCGGUGCGACAUCCGCAACGGAAAGUGCUCGUGGCUGGUGGUGGAGGCCAAACGGCGCGCCAACGACAAGCAACGCGCCCUGCUUAAGGAGAACUACGGUGUUGACGACGCCGAGAAGGUGGCGGCCGUUAUGGAGCUGUACGCGGAGCUGGGCGUGGAGGAGGCCGCCCAGGAUUGGAUGCGCAGCGAGUACUCCAGGAUCAGCGAGGUCAUCCGGAGGCAGCGCGACCUGCCGCCCGACGCGCUGCACUACAUCCUGGACGCCAUCCGGCAGCCGCUGCUGCGGGUGGAGGAACCGUUACCGUAA